CUCGCCCUCGGUUACUGGUCGGCCUAUCUCAUGCCAAUCACUUGGUGAGUCCUGGAAGCGGAAGCAGCAGAGGGACAUCUGAGCAGGAGAUGUAAACAGAAGUGAUGGAGCAUGGGAACGCGUAGUAGCAGCAGUGCAGGAGGUGGGGGAGCUCCUGGAGAUUCUCCUGAAGGUUCCAGAAGCAGUUUAGGGUCUCAAGGACCACAGGACGAUGAUGAGGAGGAGAACGUUGACCUGGCGCAGGUACUGGCGUAUCUUCUGCGCAGAGGGCAAGUGCGCCUUGUACAGGGUGGGAGCCCUGCCAGUUUACACCUGGUCCAGUCUCUGUCCGAUUCUGACGAUGACAACGACAGUGCUUGGGAGGGCUGUCUGGGGGACCGCUACAGCCCCCCUGUUGAUCCAACACCAGACACUGCUGUUCUAGAUCAGAACCAGAUCAGAACUCAGGUUCUGCUAGCAUCAGGGAGACUUGGAACACAGAAUGAGCAGAGCAUAACGCGCUUGCUUCUAGAGAGGGAGAGAGGAAGAUGUAGAUUUUCCCCUGGUGAACGAUCCCGGGUAACAUCUAACUUCCUACCAAACCAUGUGUGUGCCACAGACUCGUACUCCCAGAAGGCUUUUUGUGGCGUGUACUCCCCUGACGGAACAAUCUUUAUGUCAGCCUGCCAGGAUCAAAAUAUACGUCUGUAUGAUUGUCGUCAUGGUUCCUUUAAGAAGUUCAGGACAGUGAAGGCUCGCGACGUUGGUUGGAGUGUUCUGGAUUUGGCAUUUACCCCAGAUGGUGGACAUUUCCUUUACUCGAGCUGGUCUGACUACAUUCAUGUCUGUAACAUAAAUGGUGAAUCAGAGAUGCACACAGCGCUGGAUCUCAGCCCAUCAGAACGACGAUUUGCUGUUUUCUCCUUAACUGUCUCCUCUGACGGAAGGGAAGUUCUUGGCGGAGCUAAUGACGGGUGUGUGUAUGUGUACGACCGGGAGCAGAAUCUCAGAACGCUCAAG